GAGCAAUAAUAACUCAAUUAUGGGGUAUGCAAGUAUCUACGCGAUCACAUUUGUAGCCGUCGUGGGGGCUCUACUGCUCGUAUCAAAAGCACAGCCUAGCGGGUCAUGCGUGAGCACACUGACCACCCUUUCUCCGUGCCUCAGCUAUAUCACCGGAAACUCAACAACUCCCUCACAGACUUGCUGCUCUCAGCUCGACUCUGUCAUCAAAUCUUCGCCGCAGUGCAUCUGCUCUGCCGUCAACAGUCCGAUCCCUAACAUCGGCCUUAACAUUAACCGCACACAGGCCUUGCAGCUCCCAAACGCCUGCACCAUUCAGGCGCCUCCUCUCUCACAAUGCAACGGUAGCCUAAUGGCCACUGGGCCGACAACGCCUCCUCGAGCUCUCUCACCGGUGGAGUCACCGGCGGGCAAGAACCCUAGUGUGGCACUAAAUCCAACUUCAUCACCAGGUGCUCGUUCAGAAGCCGGAGGUAGUUCCAAGACCAUUCCUUCCACUGGGGCUGGUUCAUCCUCCGGGAGCGUCGACCGUGUACCACCCCAUUUGCUUAUAUAUGCUAUAUUUGUAGUUUGGACCUCCUCUCUUCUUAAUCAAUUCUGAGAGUUAUGUAUUUGAGAAUUUGAUAUUUUCACAUUUACAAUUUUAUUCGGUUGCAUGGUGUACCAGAUUUACAUGGGAAUUGUGUAUUCUAUUUUACUACUUUAAAAGAAGAAAGUAUUUAUCUAA